AUCCUUUGUUUGCAGAAGGAAAAAGGAAAAAUCCUUCACGGUUGUUUCUGUUCGUUGAAAAAUGUCGCCCUGUUGACUGCACUCAUGCUUCGCCUCUCUUAUGCUCAUUCCCUCUGUGUUUCAGAUCAUUAAACUGUUAAGAUUUAAUCCACUAUGACAACGAGUAGUGGUCAGGAAGAGUCGAAGAAGCUGCAGCUCUAUUCUUAUUACAGGAGCUCAUGUUCCUUCCGUGUUCGAAUCGCUCUAAACUUGAAAGGACUUGAUUAUGAAUACAAAGCGGUUAAUCUGCUCAAAGGAGAACAGCAUAGCCCUGAGUUUGUGAAAGUCAACCCGAUCGGGUAUGUGCCUGCGCUUGUGGAUGGUGACAUACUAGUUUCUGACUCUUUUGCAAUCGUAAUGUACCUUGAGGAGAAGUAUCCGCAACACCCUUUGUUGCCACGUGACCUUGAAAAAAGGGCAAUUAAUUACCAGGCUGCAAAUAUUGUUUCUGCAAGCAUACAACCUCUUCAAAACCUAGAUGUUUUGAAAUACAUCGAGGAAAAAGUUGGUCCUGAUGCAAAGAUUCCAUGGGUACAAAAGCAUAUUGGUAAAGGCUUUGCAGCACUCGAGAAGUUACUACAAAAUCAUGCCGGAAAAUAUGCCACAGGAGAUGAUGUUUUCCUGGCUGAUGUAUUUCUGGCACCACAAAUCCAUGGUUCAAUACACAGGUUCAACCUUGACAUGAAACCAUUCCCUCUUUUGUCUCGGUUGCAUGAGGCGUAUAUGCAGCUACCUGCUUUCCAAGAUGCUUUGCCUGAAAACCAGCCAGACUUUCCUGCUACUUGAAACAAAUAGGUCAGUUUCAUUGCAUGCAUCAUCUUCAAGAAAAGUUGGGAAGCGUUGUUAAACCGUAAAGAUGAUGCUCCAAUUCAAUGCUUGAAGGUAUAAACCGAUAAAUAAUUGCUCAACUGUGCUAUGAGCUUUCUCAUGUAACAUCAAUAAUGACUGUUUCUUCAAGUCUACUAUAUAAGCAAAGAUGAUGUUGUUUGGAGGAAAGUUCACCUCUAUUCCAUUUCACGAAAUGGGUUUUAUGAUAGAUCUUUUCUAA